AUGUCGCCCUUUUCAUCACACAAGAAGCUGCCUCUCAUACAUAAUGUCGCCCUUUCAUCGAACAACAUUUCGCAUUUCAUACAUGAAAAUGAAAAGGUAAUUAAAAAACAGGUUGUAGGUCCAUGCUCGAAAGAAGCAGGAGCAACGACGGUGAGGUUGACGACAAUCGCUACAGCGUCGGUAAUUGCACAGGCACCGCGAAAACAGCAGACAAUUUGGGUAGUGACAUCGAAUGCAGCCGGCAAAUGCAGCGGAGAAGGGAGAAGCAGCAGCAGCUGUGGCGUAUGCAGCCGGCAAAGCGACGGGGACGGGAGAGGCAGUGCGAAUGCAACUGGCAAAAGCGACGGAAAAGGGAGAGUUAGGCGGGAGUUAGGGCGAGUGCAGUCGGCAAAAGCGGCGAAGAAGGUAGAGGCAGAGCGAAGGCAGCGAUCAAAAGCGGCGGAGACGAGAGAGGCAGUGCGAAGCAGCCGGCAAAAGCGACGGAAAAGGGAGUUAGGGCGAGUGCAGCCGGCAAAAGCGACGGAGAAGGGAGAGUCAGUGCGAAUGCAGCCGGCAAAAGCGACAGAGAAGGGAGAGGCAUUGCAAAGCAGCCGGCAAAAGAGGCGAAGAAGGGAGAGGCAGUGCAAAUGCAGCCGGCAAAAGCGGCGAACAAGAGAGAGGCAGUGCGAAGCAGCCGGCAAAAGCGACGGAAAAGGGAGAAGUCCUGGCGAAUGCAGCCGGCAAAGCGACGUAGAAGGGAGAGGCAGGGCGAAUGCAGCCGGCAAAAGCGACGAAGACGGGAGAAGUCGUGGCGAAUGCAGCCGGCAAAAGCGGCGAACAAGAGAGAGGCAGUGCGAAGCAGCCGGCAAAAGCGGCGAAGAAAGGAGAAGUCCUGGCGAAUGCAGCCGGCAAAGCGACGUAGAAGGGAGAGGCAGGGCGAAUGCAGCCGGCAAAAGCGACGAAGACGGGAGAAGUCGUGGCGAAUGCAGCCGGAAAAAAUGGCAGGGCGAAUGCAGCCGGCAAAAGCGACGAAGACGGGAGAAGUCGUGGCGAUUGCAGCCGGAAAAAAAGCUCCGGAAAACUGGAAAAGGGAGAGGCGGGGCGAGUGCAGCGUGCGAACACGGCAGAAGCAAGACGAAGCCCAGCGGAGCUACCACAGCCGACGAAACAGACUGA